AUCAGUCGCGAAACCCGGCCCUUGGCUGCAGACUUUCAAUCUUCUCGCGGGAUUUUAAUUUCUCGCGUACGCCGAGCUCCUUUCAGCUUUGCUGCCAGCGGAGGCCUGAAGCGUCUCUGUUGCUACCUGUGUGGCGCUGUUCUCUACACUGGCCGCGGGAUCCGUUAGGAGGGACGCUGAGACACCCGGGAGCUGGGAAAUGGUCCCCCAGAAAAGCAGAGGAGUUUAUGCAGUGGGGACCUCUCUUGGACUACCUCAUGUUAAGUGUGAGCACACACUCAGAAAGGACUCAGUGGCCUUUGAGGAUGUAGCUGUGAGCUUCACGCAGGAAGAGUGGGCUUUGCUAGAUCCUUCCCAGAAAAAUCUCUACAGAGAUGUCAUGCGGGAAACCAUCAGGAACCUGGCCUCUAUAGGAAAGAAACGGAAAUACCAGAAUAUUGAAGAUCACUACAAACACCAAGGGAGAAAUCUAAGAAGUCAUAUGGUUGAGAGACUCUGUCAAAGUAAAGAAAGUAGUCGGUGUAGAGGAAUUUUUAGCCAGAUUCCAAAUCAUAAUCUGAGCAAGAAAACUCCUGGAGUAAAACCACGUGAAAACAAAAUGUGUGGAGAAGUCGGCAUGGGUCCUUCAUCUCUAAAUAGGCACAUCAGAGAUAACAAUGAACAUGAACCAAACGAAUAUCAGGAAUAUGGAGAGAAGCCACGUACACAUAACCAGUGUUGGAAAACCUUCAGUCCUCACCACUCCUUUCGAACACAUGAAAUUGUUCAUACUGGAGAGAAACUCUAUGAUUGUAAAGAAUGUGGAAAAACCUUCUUUUCUCUCAAAAGAAUUAGAAGACACAUGAUAACACAUAGUGGAUAUGUACCAUAUAAAUGUAAAGUGUGUGGGAAAGCCUUUGAUUAUCCUAGUAGAUUUCGGACACAUGAAAGAAGUCAUACUGGAGAGAAGCCCUACGAAUGUAAGGAGUGUGGGAAAGCCUUCACUUGUAUCACAAGUGUUCGAAGACACAUGGUAAAGCACACUGGAGAUGGACCUUAUAAAUGUAAGGUAUGUGGGAAACCUUUUCAUUCCUUGAGUUCAUUUCAAGUACAUGAAAGAACCCACACUGGAGAGAAACCCUAUAAAUGUAAGCAGUGUAGUAAAGCUUUUGUUUCUUCCCCAUCUUUACGCAUACAUGAAAGAACUCACACUGGAGAGAAACCUUAUGAAUGUAAGCAGUGUGGGAAAGCCUUCAGUUACCUCCCCUCCCUUCGAUUACAUGAAAGGAUUCACACUGGAGAGAAACCCUUUGCAUGCAAACAAUGUGGUAAAGCCUUUAGAUCUAUCAGUACCUUUCGAAUCCAUGAAAGGACUCACACUGGAGAAAAACCCUAUGAAUGUAAGGAAUGUGGGGAAGCCUUCAGUUGCAUCCCAAGUUUUCGAAGACACAUGAUAAAACACACUGGAGAUGGACCUUAUAAAUGUAAGGUAUGUGGGAAACCGUUUCAUUCUCUGAGUCCAUUCCGAAUACAUGAAAGAAGUCACACUGGAGAGAAACCCUAUGAAUGUAAACAUUGUGGUAAAGCUUUUGUUUCAUCCACCUCUAUUCGAAUACAUGAAAGAAUUCACACUGGAGAGAAACCCUAUCAAUGUAAGCAGUGUGGAAAAGCCUUCAGUUAUCUUAACUCCUUUCGAACACAUGAAAUGAUUCACACUGGUGAGAAACCCUUUGAAUGUAAACAAUGUGGUAAAGCCUUUAGAUCUUCUAGUUCCUUUCGAAUGCAUGAAAGGACUCACACUAGACAGAAACCCUAUGAGUGUAAGGAAUGUGGAAAAGGCUACUUUUGCCAUGCAAGCUUUCAAAGACACAUGAUAGCACACUGGAGGUGGACUUUAUAAAUGUAUGAGGGAAAGCCUGUGAAGCUCCAAAUUCAUUGCAAUACUGUACGUGAAACUAUUCACACUAAAGAGAAGCCUUUUGAAUGUAAGCAGUGUGGGAAAGCAUUAAAUCUGUCAGUGCCUUUUUAAUACACAGAAGAAGCCAUUUAAAUGUAAUUAAUGUGGGAAAGCUUUCAGUUAUCAUUCCUUUUGAUUACGUGAGAGGACUUACUGGAGAUAAGUGGGAAAUCUUUUUACUUGUUUCUUUUCAAAUACAAGAAAGAAAUCAACUGGACAAAAAAAACCUAUGAACAUUAGGACUAUGGGAAAGUAUUAUUGCAGUUAAUAAUAAUUAAUAAUGUCUCUUCAAAGACAUAAAGAGCUCACACUGAGAAAGAAACCCUGAGGGUAAAACAUAAGGUAAAGUCUUCACUAGCCUCACUUACUAUCUAAUAUGUGAAAGAACUCACACUAGAGAGAAACCCUACAAAUAUAAGGAACGUGGUAAAACCUUCAGUUCUUCUAGUUUUUUUCAGGUACAUGAAAGAACUCAUAUGGAGAAAAAACAAAUACUUUCGAAAGGAACUCCUAUUUGAGAACAGUCCUAUGCAAAGAAUGUGGGAAAGAUUUCAUUACCACACAGUCUUUCUAUCACAUGUAAGACUGCAUAGUGGAGAGAGUAAAUGUAGUGUGGGAAAGUCUUUAGUCAUUUUAGCUCAAUUUGAAGCCAUGAAAAAACACACAGAUGAGAAUAAGCUCUUGAAUAUAAGCAAUGUCCCAAAGUCUAUAGUGAGCCCACAUGCUUACAACAAUAUUUAAGAAUGCACACUGGAUCAGAAUCCUGUAAAUGUGAAAAACGAAGGGUUUCAAUUUUAACAAAUACUUGCAAUGUUAUUUGAAAAUGCCUAAGGUCGCAAAAUCUUAUAAAUAAUUUGAAAAGGCUCGUGCAUACCAAUUCAUUUAUAGUGCUCCAGAAAAUAUGCAGCCUCAAAGAAAUGUAGAAGUAAUAGAUGGUGUUCAUUAGUGGCUCAUACUUAAAAUAGUUAUGGACUAUGGAGGUAUUUCUUACUCUCACAAGGAACUAUUGAGUUGAUGUAAUUCUGUAAGUAAUCUUAAAGCAUUGUGCAUGAAUUAAUUGGAAGUGUUAUUUUAAGUCAGCUAAUACAAUGUUUGUCUUUCCAUUUUAAAGUAUGUUUAAUCAUGUAUAAAUUUAAAUGUCCAGGUAUGCUGAAUUUUUCUAUAUUUAAUUGUUUUGUGAUUUAGGGCCAUGGAAAAAUAAGUCUUUGUUAAUAAAUGUCUGUAUAUACCCACUGGGCUCCUUUACCAAGUUUGUGAUUUUCUUUCCUAUUAUAUACAUAUAUUCCAUCAUUUUUAUGAGAACAACUACUUUUUUUUUGGCAUGAAGAAGUUAAUUCCAUUUUCCUUCUUAUAUAUAAGAGCUGGUUUCUGUUUGUAAGUAUGUAACGUUUAUCAUAGACUAUAUCUCAUGAAAAGUAAUUAUUUUCAUCUAUUACCUUUUACUAUUUGUAUUUUAUUCUGGCUGUUAUUUGUAUUAAAUAUUAAGUUGGGGAUAAAGAGAGAAUUGUGAUAGAACAAUAAAUUCUAGA